GUGGCCCAGGGGGCGUGGCCAAGGCGGCAGCCCGGGUAUGGCGGGCGGCGGAGCGGGGCUGGGGCCCGGCCCGGGCUCGGUACCGGUACCGGAGCGCGUUCCUGGGUGCCGAGGGGACUGAAGGGUUCGGCUGGAGCACUCUGGAAUUUUCCCUUUCUGUGUGAGCCCCAUCAUGACAGAUCAAGAGUAUGUGCUCUGCACCUGGAAGGAACGUUUGUGGCCAGCAAAGGUUUUGUGCAAAACUGGAGCUGCUGGGAAAACAUCUGUAACAAACCUGAAGGAGACUUCUCUUGAAGUUGAAAUCCUUGGCUUGAAGGAACAGGUCAGGGUGAGCUGUGCUGGAGCUCUGCCUCUGCAGGAGGAACGGAUCGAAACCAUCGCUGCCAAGCUGGAUCAAAGGCAGAACCCAAGUGAGGUUGUGGAAGACCUGAAGUACAGGCAGUCCCUGAAACUGGCCCUGGAUAUUCUGAAUCAAAACGACUCAGGCAGAGAGGAACCUGCAGGAGGAGGAGGAGGAGGAGCAGCUCCUCCUGGGGGGAGCAGUUCAGGCUCUGCCUCAUCUCCUGAGGCUUCUGAGAAGAAAAGCGAACCAAAACCCAACCCCAGGCUGAAGGCUGAGAACCCUAAAAGUGGAACCAACCCUCCUGAAGGGGGCUCUGGGGGCUCCUCUGGGGCGUCAGGCCCAGAGUGUCAGAAUCACAACAUCCCAGAGUCAGAGCCACGACAGAGAGAGAGGAAAGUCAAGCCCAGGUCGUUGCCAAAACCCAAACGAGGAAACAAAACCUCCUCGAGGCCCAGGAAGGGGAAGAGCAACCAGGGGAGAAGGAAACCAGGAGGUGCAGGAGCACCUGAGGCAGGUGGGAAUGGUUCCCCCCAGGAUCCAGCACAGCCCCUGGCUGAGGAGGGGUCUGCUCUGCCUGACCACCCCAGGGCUGACACGGGGGGGCCUGGCAGAAGGUUGAACACCAGGAGGCAGCCUGGGAGGACUCAGCCUGGGAGGACAUUUCCAGAUUCCUCAGGGGACUGGGGAAAAGACCUGGAUGGUGAGAGUGGAAGCAUGACAGAGCAAUGCCAUGGAAUUCCAAAGGCAGGGAGUUUGAAACGGAUGAAGCAGGAGAACAACAGCACCACGGGGCCCUCCCUCAGGAAAAGGAAAUGUGGGAACUGCCCCAAAUCUUCAUCUGAUCCUUCCAGCUCAGGGCUGGCUGUGGAUCUCUCUCCUGCUCAGCCCCCAGAGGAGGAAGAAGAGAACCCUUCCCCCGUGGUCCUCAGCACAGUGAAGCAGUUCCAGCUGCCAGACUUUGAGGAUGAUGAAGGACUGGAACCAUCUGACCUGGCUUCAAAGAUCACCUCCUCAGGGAGUUUCUCUUGCCUCUCACCUCUGGUGGAUGAAGAGGAGGAGGAGGAGGAGCUCCCCAGUAUUUUAUCACUCCAAGAACCUCAAUCAAUUGAAGAAGGGAAUUUGGUCUGGUGCAAGCUGGGGAGGUAUCCCUACUGGCCAGCUGUGGUCAAGAAGGUGAAGAGGAAGCACAGGAGGGCGUGUGUGCUGCUGAUAGAGGGGAAUGCAAGUGCCAAGAAAAAAGGAUUUUCCAUAUCUCUGAAGAACCUGAAGCAUUUUGAUUGUGAAGAAAAGCAGGACCUCAUAGACAGAGCCAGGGAGCAUUAUCGCCAGGAAAUCGAGUGGUGCAUCAGGCUGAUCUCUGACUACAGGAUCAGAGUGGGUUGUCAUUCCUUUACGGGGUCCUUCCUGGAGUAUUUUGCUGCAGAUAUCAGCUACCCAGUUAGAAAGGAAGGGUACCAAGGUCCAGCCCAAAUGACCUUUUCCAGGACAGCAGAGGAAGUUCAGGAAGAGCCUCCAGAAGCUUCACCUCAGAAACCCUCCAAGAAACUCCUUCCUGACAGAACCAGGGCUGCUCGGGACAGAGCCAAUAAAAAGAUUGUGGAGUUUAUUGUGAAGACCAAAGGGGCUGAAGAGCAUCUCCUGGCUAUCCUGACCAGCAGGAAACAAUCCCGUUGGCUGAAGGGGUUCCAGAAGUCAAGGAAAUACAUGGCCUGUGUGGAAACCUACUUGGAGGAUGAGGAACAGCUGGACCUGGUUGUCAACUACUUGACAGAGGUGUAUCAGGAGAUGGACACCAAGAGCCUGCACCCCUUGAAUGGAGAUGGAAUCAGAUUCAUUUCAGAUGUCCUCCUGCCUGAGGCCAUCAUCUAUGCCAUUUCUGCUGUGGAUGACAUUGACUACGAGCAGGCAGAAGAGAAAUACAUGAAAGGCCCAUCUGUGAGCAAGAGGGAGAGAGAAAUGUUUGAUGAAGAAAUCCUAGAAAGGAAAAAGCAGAAGAACCAAGCAGAGUCUGCAGACAGCAGCUGAGCAGUGGUACAGCCUCCCCCAGCACUGGGUGUACACCCUGAACUGGUCAUUUGUGUGAAACUUGUUAUCAUCCUUGCUUUGUAAAAGCCACCUGUGUGUGCUCAGAACCUGAGUCACUCUCCCCCUGCCUCGGGGAGCUGCCAAACCUCCUGGAAAAACGAUGGGGAAGGGGCAGGGACCUUUCCUCACAGAGCUGCCCUGUGUUCUGUGGGGCUCCUGGCUGUAACAUUAAAGCUUUGUGUCAAUGAUUUUGGCCAAAUAUCUGACAAAUGGAGGGGUUUGUCCUCAGAAAAUCACCUCCUGGGGGGUGAUCCAGCCCCAUGGCUCUGCUGCUGCUUCCCCUCUGGCAGAGUUUCCAGGGGGGGUUGUGGCUCUUCUGCUUUGUGUGAAAUAAAACUGGGACCUGGUGAUGGGAGGAGCAGAGGUUUUGGUGUAAAAUCCUGUGGGAAUCCCAAGGCUGCAGCAAACCCAACCCCUGGUGCCCUUUCUGGGUGGCAGGGAAAGCCUCCUGCAGGCUGCUUGAGAGGCUUUAAAACCCCCAGUGCUGUGCCAGCUGUGCAGUGGUGUGGGGAAUGGUUUAAGGAUAAAGCCCAAUUUGUCAUUUAUUGUCCUGGAAAUCUGCUGUACCAGCUCUGCCAAGCAAGAGGAGUUUCAGGUGAAGAAGUUUAGGUGUGGCUUGGUCUAUUCUGGGUUUUGUUAUGUGAAUUUAUUUUAGUUACACUUUUAAUUGCUCUGUAUUCAUCAUUCUGGUUGGUAACUGAGGCACCUUCUCCUUCCAGGUGCAGUUCCACCUGUUCUGCCUCUGCUGCUGCUUCUCUUUGUUUUGAGGUUAUACAAUUAAAAAAAAAGGAAAACAAA